AUGCAGAUCGAUGCAGGACUGGGGCAAGUGGUUGCUACGAACACAAGUCAAAUCCCCUACUACCUGGUAGGUGAUAAAUGGAUCCGCCUGCCUGGUUCCCUGAAGCAUAUCACUGUAGGACCAGCAGGGAUCUGGGGUGUCUACAAGGCAGACUCAAUCUACAAGUAUGUGGCCGGUAACUGGGUGCAAGCUGCAGGCCUUCUGAAGCAGUUGGAUGCUGGAGGUGAACAGUUUAUUGUGGGGGCUAACAUGGACGAUACUCCAUUCUGUCUGACACGUAGUGCCACAGUUGGCUACAAGGGUCCAGGCUCACCCCUUCCAUGGACAGGAUUGCCAGGAGCUGUGAAGUACUACAGUUGUGGACCCUUUGGGUGCUGGGCAGUCAACAAGAAUGAUGAUAUCUUCUUAAUGAGUCUGAAUCAAGACUGCCUAAACAAGGGGUGGAGUCCCAUUGACGGCAAGCUUUUUAUGAUUGAGGUGGAAACUGAUGGUAGUGGGGUCAACUUUUUGGGUGAUGUUUAUACUAGGUAA